AUGGACUGGCAGUCUCCUUCCUGGUCUACUCUCACGGCAUCACAGUCGAAUCUCGUCCAAAAGUCCAAGAAACCUGGAAACAAGGGAGUGACAACGAUGGCCAAACCAACCAUUGUCGGUGUGCAUGGCGCCUGGCACUCAGCAGCACACUUCCUGCCGCUGAAAGAGAAUCUGGCCCAGUAUGGCUAUAAAUUCAUCGCCGUGCUCCUGCCCUCUAUGCACUACGCGGAGCUAAAGUGUCCGCCGCCUAUCCACAUUAAGGAGGACGUCGAGGCAAUUCAGACAGCUAUACUCACCGAGCUCAACGACUACCCAGCGACGGAUGUCGUGGUGCUCACGCAUUCAUAUGGUGGCAUGCCAGGCUCGGCUGCGGUCGAAAAUCUCGACAAGAACUCUCGUAAGGCUGCCGGGUUCUCAAACGGGAUUUCCGCUCUCCUAGCUAUAUCUAGCCUCCUCGUCAACGAAGGAAUUUCCGGAUUCGACUUGGGAAAUAAGACCGUUCCACCUACUAUUAUCUUGUCAAAGAUUCCCUCUCCAGUAGACAAUAAUAUGGACAUUGAAAUUUCGAUGCCGAACCCAGAGCCUGGGCCUACAACGACAUUCUACCACGAUUUACCCCAGAAGGAUGCCGAACAUUAUGCGUCAUUACUCGUCCCGCACGUUUGGACCGUCUAUUGUACGCCCGUUCCAUUCGCUGGCUUCAAGGUCGUCCCAACAUAUUAUUUACUUACUGAGGAUGAUAAGUCUUUGCCUCCCGAGUGGCAGCGGUUGAUUAUUAAGAUGGCGGACGAAGUCACACUCCAUGGAAAGAUCGUAGUCGACACCAUUCAUGCUAGUCACAGUCCUUUUUUGAGUAAGGUUGACGAGACGGCCACUUGGAUCAGAAGAAGUCUUGGGGAGAAAUUCUGA